GAUCAUGGAUACUCUUCCUCAAAAUAAUCUACAGGAGCAACUGGAGCGCCAUUCAGCCAAAAAACUUAAUAAUAAAUUAAGUCUUUCAAAACCAAAAUCUUCAGGUUUCACUUUUAAAAAGAAAACAUCUUCUGAUAGCACUGUAUCUGUAACCAGUGUGUCAGUAGGAAAAGCACCUGGAACACCUGUGUUAAGUGACAAAGCUGUUAACGCUGCUGAGGCCUUUUCCUUCCGUGAGCCUUUACCCCAUACCUUGAGUCAGCAGACGAGGCUCUAUGACUUCUUUAAAAAUGCUCCAGCAGGACAGCAAACCACGAGAGGUGGUUCGAAACCAUGGCCACCAGAUCUGUUGCAGACUCCACAGGAAGUUUUAUGUACUACCCCAAACACACUGACUAUAAAGGAAUCUCAUGAUGUUGCUUUCAAGAAAUUAGAAUUCAGUUCUUCAACAGAUUCUUUAAUUACCAUCAAUGACUGGGAUGGCAUGGAUGACUUUGAUAUUUCUGGGAAUUCGAAAGUGUUUGUUACACCACUGAAGACUCACAACAUAAGAGUAAGCACUGCUCAGAAAUCAAGAAAGGCCAAGAGAAACUGUUUUCAGUCACAGCUUCAUAAAGCAAGUUUAGUAAAGGCUGACUUGACUCCUUCCUCUGCUGAAAGCAAGCAAAUGGACUUGACUAAGGAACAGCAGGAUGAUUCAGAAUGGUUAAGCAGCAGUGUGAUUUGCAUCGAUGAUGACUCCGUUUCCAAAGGGCUUAUAAAUGAAGAGACCCAGGGAAGUCACUCUUUAGAAACACAUUUGGGAGGUGAAAGAGAUAAGAGUGAAAAGAAGAAAAGUUUGGAAGAACCAGAAUUACGUUCAAUUGAGAAAUCUUCAUGUAUCGAGCUUGAUGAGGAUGAUUAUGAUAUAGAUUUUGUUCCACCUUCUCCAGAAGAAGAAAUUCUUUCUGCCACUUCUUCCUCUUUAAAAUGUUUUAGUAUGGUAAAAGACCUUGACACCUCUGACAGAAAGAAGGAUGUUCUUAGCACAUCUAUGGACCUUUCGUCAAAUCCUGAGAAAAUGACUGUGCAGCAGCAGCCUAAUCAAGAAAGCAGUACAGACUGUGACGCUAAACAGCUAAGUUUACCACAGCAGCUUAUUCGUGUGAUGGAGGACAUCUGUAAAUUAGUUGAUACUAUUCCUGCUGACGCACUGAGAGCUUUGGACUCUGGAAAUGAACUGCUUCAGCAGCGAGACAUAAGACGGAAACUCCUCGCUGAUGCAAAUUUUAACAGAAGUGGUGCUGGUUUUCUUUCAAUGUGGAGAUGCAGGCCUAAUUUUCUUUAUAGCCCUGUAGAAAGUGUGGCAUUUUCACAGGGUGAUUUCUGUCCUACAGAGAAGUCUGUGCAGGAGUUAAAUUUUCCACACCUUCCCUUAAAAUCCGUUUCCACUGGUGAAUGUUUACCAACUACUACCCCAGGAAAGACAGGAUUCUCAACCACUACUAAGAAUCUCUUUGAAAGACCACUAUUCAGUUCCCAUUUACAGAAGUCCUUUGUAAGUAACAACUGUGCUGAAACGCCAAGGAGAGAAGAAAGAAAUGAAAGCUCCUAUUUCCCAGGAAAUGUUCUUACAAGCACUGCCGUGAAAGAUCCGAAUAAACACACUGCUUCAACAGAUGACUUAGAAAGAAAAGAGAUUUCAGAAAUCCAGGCUUCCUAUGCUGUUGAUCAUUUUGACAUAGAUGACUUUGAUGAUGAUGAUGAGUGGGAAAAUAUAAUGCAUAAUUUAACAGCCAGCAAAUCUUCCACAGCUGCCUACCCACCUAUUAAGGAAGGGCAGCCAGUUAAAUCAGUAUCAGAAAGAAUUUCUUCAGCCAAGACAAACUGUAUUCCAGUGGCAUCUGCUGCUCAAAAUAUAAACUUCUCAGAGUCAACUCAAAAUUACACUGAUAAGCCAGGGCAAAAUUUUACAUCCAGAAAUCUGAAACAUGAGCGUUUCCAAAGUCUCAAUUUUCCUCACACAAAAGAAAUGAUGAAGAUUUUUCAUAAAAAAUUUGGCCUGCAUAAUUUUAGAACUAAUCAGCUAGAGGCGAUCAAUGCUGCACUGCUUGGUGAAGACUGUUUCAUCUUAAUGCCCACUGGAGGUGGUAAAAGUCUGUGUUACCAGCUGCCUGCCUGUAUUUCUCCUGGGGUCACUAUUGUCAUCUCUCCCUUGAGAUCACUAAUAGUAGAUCAAGUCCAAAAGCUGACUUCCUUGGAUAUUCCAGCUACAUAUCUGACAGGUGAUAAGACUGACUCUGAAGCUACAAGUAUUUACCUCCAGUUGUCAAAAAAAGACCCAAUUAUAAAACUUCUGUAUGUUACUCCAGAAAAGGUCUGUGCAAGCAACAGACUGAUUUCUACUCUGGACAAUCUGUAUCAGAGGAAGCUCCUAGCACGUUUUGUUAUUGAUGAAGCACAUUGUGUCAGUCAGUGGGGACAUGAUUUUCGUCAAGAUUACAAAAGAAUGAAUAUGCUUCGCCAGAAGUUUCCCUCGGUUCCAGUGAUGGCUCUUACUGCCACAGCUAAUCCCAGGGUACAGAAAGACAUCCUCACUCAGCUCAAGAUUCUCAAACCUCAGGUGUUUAGCAUGAGUUUUAACAGACAUAAUCUGAAAUAUUACGUAUUACCAAAAAAGCCUAAAAAGGUGGCAUUUGACUGCUUAGAAUGGAUCAGAAAGCAUCACCCAUAUGACUCAGGGAUAAUUUACUGCCUCUCCAGACGAGAAUGUGACACAAUGGCUGACACAUUACAGAAAGAUGGUCUCGCUGCACUUGCUUAUCAUGCUGGCCUCAGUGAUGGUGCUAGAGAUGAAGUACAGCACAAGUGGAUUAAUCAGGAUGGCUGCCAGGUUAUCUGUGCGACGGUUGCAUUUGGAAUGGGGAUUGACAAACCAGAUGUGCGAUUUGUGAUCCACGCAUCUCUCCCUAAAUCAGUGGAAGGUUACUACCAAGAAUCUGGCAGAGCUGGAAGAGAUGGGGAAAUAUCUCACUGCCUGCUUUUCUAUACUUAUCAUGAUGUGACCAGACUGAAAAGACUUAUAUUGAUGGAAAAAGAUGGAAACCAUCAUACAAAAGAGACUCACUUCAAUAAUCUGUAUAGCAUGGUACAUUAUUGUGAGAACAUAACAGAGUGCAGGAGAAUGCAGCUUUUGGCUUACUUUGGGGAAAAUGAGUUUAAUCCUGAUUUUUGUAAGAAAUACCCAGAUGUUUCUUGUGAUAAUUGCUGUAAAACAAAGGAUUUUAAGAUAAAAGAUGUGACUGAUGAGGUGAAAAAUAUCUUAAGAUUUGUUCAAGAAUAUAAUUCAUCACAAGGAAUGAGAAAUAUAAAAAAUGUAGGUCCUUCUGGAAGAUUUACUAUGAAUAUGCUGGUUGACAUUUUCCUGGGGAGCAAGAGUGCAAAAAUUCAGUCAGGGAUAUUUGGAACAGGAUCUGCUUAUUCACGACACAAUGCUGAAAGACUUUUUAAAAAGCUGAUACUUGACAGGAUUUUGGAUGAAGACUUAUAUAUCAAUGCCAAUGACCAAGCAAUUGCCUAUUUGAUGCCUGGAACGAAAGCUCAAACUGUACUGAAUGGGCAUUUAAAGGUAGAAUUUAUGGAAACGGAGAAUUCCAGCAGUGUGAAAAAACAAAAAGCUUUAGUGGCAAAGGUAUCUCAGCGGGAAGAGAUGGUUAAGAAAUGUCUUGGAGAACUUACAGAAGUCUGCAAAUCCCUGGGAAAAGUUUUUGGUGUCCAUUAUUUCAAUAUUUUUAAUACUGCUACUCUCAAGAAGCUUGCAGAAUCUUUAUCUUCUGAUCCUGAGGUUUUGCUUCAAAUUGAUGGUGUGACUGAAGACAAACUGGAAAAAUAUGGUGCAGAAGUGAUUCCAAUAUUACAGAAAUACUCCAAGUGGACAUUGCCAGCUGAGGAUAGUUCCCCGCAAAGAAGCCUGUCCAGCAGCAGAGGUUCUGGAAGAAACGCCCCUGAGGAGCUGUAUGAGGAGACACCCGUAUCUUCCCACUAUUUUUCAAAUAAACCCAAAAAUGAAAGAAAGAGGAAAAGGAUGCCAGCCUUCCAAAAGUCUAAAAGGAGAAAAAGUGGCUAUGGUGGUUCCAGUGCAAGGGGGGGGUCCACCAUGUGCAGAAAGACAUCUUCUAAAACUAAAUCCUCAGACACAUUUGGACCCAGUUCAGCUGCAUUUGGUUUUCAAGCAACUUCAGUAGCCAGUAGGAAGCUGGGGAUUAUGGCUCCCCCAAAGCCUAAAAAUAGACCGUUUCUUAAGCCUUCAUAUGCAUUUUCAUAACAACCAAAUCAUAAUGUACGUAGAUCUGGUUUCAUGUUUGUCAGCAUCUGACCAUCUGUGAAUAUAAAACUGUUAGUCUUAUUAUACCA